AGCAGUGCGUGGAAACCGGAGCCGGGGAGAGAAAUUGAAGUGAGAGCAGCCCAGAAGCAGCGGACGGACCCGAUCCUUUAGAGACGGUAAAGCUGCUCCAGCAAGGAUUUCCUUCACGGAACGACCGGAGGAACUACAACCAAAAGCCGUCAAGUGAGGUUGGUGAAGCUUAACUUCUUCGAUAUAACGAGUUGGGUGUUGCAUUAUAAGGUCACGCGUCAUUUAACUGGACGUCUGCCCUCUGGACGGCCGGGGACCCCUGACGGAGUUACCGCUUUACCUGCAGCGGAAUGAAACACGGCAGCCGGCGGAGGCUUCCUUUAAGGAACUUGGCGCACGGAGCGUGAGAGCGUCCAGAAAGAAAGUUGAAGCAGUAAAAAAAAAGCGAUCCGUUCAUUUCAUUUCCAUCCACUCAAGUGUCACCCUUAUGACAAUGGGAUGAUUUCCUUCUCCCUAACCUGAAACAAGCCGAAGAAAGACCCCCUCCUGAUGUCAGACCAUUCAACCUCCAAGCCCUAUCGCAUGUCGGUUCCCGGGGACCGGGAUGGAGCCUCGGGGUGCAGCCCCAUGGCGCAGAUGCGCUGGGUGGGCGGCUUCGGCCAGGGCGGUCCCGGCCUUGGCCUGCCUUCCGAGGGCAGCGACAGCAGCAGCCAGGACCCCGCCCUCUCGCCGCAAAACGUGCGCAAGACCACGCGUUCUCGGCUGUCGCCCGAGGAGGACGUGGAAAUGAAGAGCAGCGGGUCCAGCGGCAGUGGGACCGAGUCCCACGGCAACGAGAGUCACGGCAACGAGAGUCACGGCAACGAGAGCAACGGCCACGAGUCGACGGGCAGCUCCAACAGCCGCAGCAAAGACUCGGCCUUGCUGGAAUCGUCAGAGAGCAAUAAAAGUUCCAACUCCCACAGCCCGUCUCCCCCCAGCAGCUCCAACGCCUACAGCCUGCUCAGCUCGGAGCAGGACAACCCUUCGACCAGCGGCUGCAGCAGUCAGGAGUCUGCGAAAGCCAAGAAACAGAAGGAGGUGAUUAAAACCCUGAAGGAGCUGAAGCUUCACGUGCCAGCCGACAAGGAGCACAACAGCAAGUCGACCACACUGAGCGCGCUGAAGUACGCCCUGCGCUGUGUGAAGCAAGUGGAAGCGAAUGAGGAGUACUACCAGCUGAUGAUGAUCAAUGACAGUCAUCCCUCAGGGCCGGACGUUUCUUCCUACACCAUCGAGGAGAUAGACAGCAUCACUUCAGAGUACACCCUCAAAAACAACGACAUCUUUGCUGUGGCGGUGUCCCUGAGCACAGGAAAGGUCAUCUAUAUAUCUGACCAGGCUGCCUCCAUCCUCAACUGCAAAAGAGAUGCGUUCAAGGACUCUAAGUUCGUGGAGUUCCUGAUGCCGCAGGAUAUCAGCGUGUUCUACAGCUUCACCACGCCUUACCGCCUGCCCUCCUGGAGCAUGUGCACUGGAGCAGACCCAUCUCCCUCUGACUGCAUGCAGGAGAAGUCCUUUUUCUGUCGUAUCAGUGGAGGCAGGGAGUUUGACGGUGACCUGCGCUACUAUCCGUUCCGCAUGACGCCUUACCUGAUGAAGGUGCAGGACACGGCUCACGAUGAAGACCAGUUCUGCUGCCUCCUACUGGCUGAGAGGGUUCACUCUGGAUACGAAGCCCCGAGGAUUCCACCAGAUAAGCGCAUUUUCACCACCACGCACACGCCAAAUUGUGUGUUUCAGGAUGUGGAUGAAAGGGCCGUUCCUCUGCUCGGCUACCUCCCCCAGGACCUCAUCGGGACCCCGAUCCUUUUUCACCUGCACCCCAAAGACCGGCCCAUCAUGCUCGCCAUUCACAGAAAGAUCAUACAGAACGCAGGGCAACCGUUCGACCACUCGUCCAUCCGCUUCUGUGCUCAAAACGGAGAAUACAUCGCCCUGGACACCAGCUGGUCCACCUUCGUGAACCCAUGGAGCCGAAAGGUUUCCUUCGUUAUCGGGAGGCACAAAGUUCGCAUGGGCCCCAUGAAUGAGGAUAUUUUCAUGGCUCCAGUCUCAUCCAUGGGCCACAUAAAGAACAUGGACUCUGACAUCCAGGAGAUAACGGAGCAGAUUCAUCGCCUCUUGCUGCAGCCGGUUCACAAUAGUGGGUCAAGUGGUUACAGCAGUCUGAACAGCAAUGAGUACCUUCAGGGCAUGACCUCCUCCUCUAGUGAGAGCCUGAACAACAGCAAAGGAGGCAAAACGCAACAAAAGGAAGGGGAACUGAGCAUCAAAAGCAGACCACGUACUUUUCAUGAAAUCUGUAAGGGAAUUCAUCUUCAGAAGAGCCAAGAGCAGCAGACGGGCAAAUCAGAGCACAAAAGAAACAGUGCCGGGUCUGGACAGAACAGCCAAGCUGUGGUACGGCUCAAAGACUCGGCCCCUCCGAUCAGCUGGAGGGAGGCCACCACGGCGGACAACCGAGUCUCUUUUCCCGAGGAGCUCGGCCUUAACGAUCAGACUGUCUACUCCUACCAGCAAAUCAGCUGUCUAGACAGCGUUAUAAGGUAUUUGGAGAGCUAUAAUGUUCCCGUCAUCAUGAAGAGAAAGUGCCAGUCGUCCUCCAACACCACCUCCUCUAACUCUGAUGAGGACAAACAGAAGAAGUCACAUGCAGUGCAGGCCUCUGAAGAACCAACCUUAUCGAAGGACCAGUCUGGUCUUUCAGCUUUGGACGAUCCUCACAAAAAGAGCAGUGACGCCGCCACGGCGGUAGUGGGCACUUCGAUGCCCCUACCAGUGCCAAACAAACCAGAAAGCGUGGUGUCCAUUACCAGCCAAUGUAGCUACAGUAGCACUAUAGUGCAUGUUGGGGACAAGAAACCUCAACCAGAGUCAGAGAUCACAGAGGAUGUACCGGUUACAGGAGAGAUGCCCGAAGCCAGCCAGAACCUCAGUGCUCCUCGUCCAGUCUCCCCUCCCAGCCAGGAGAUGGAGUCCUACAAGAAACUGGGUCUGACCAAGCAGGUGUUGGCGGCUCACACGCAGAAGGAAGAGCAGGCCUUUCUCUGUCGCAUCCGGGAGCUUCGAGGACUCACUCCCCACAAGACGAGCUGCUCCCUGCCCUCCGACCAACAGAGAGACGAGCGCACCAUCACUGCUUCACGCGCUGUUCAGUCCAGAAAACAGGAAGGCCAGAGGCCAGAGUCGGCACCACGCCGAGGAACACGGAACAAGAAGACCAAAACCAAGAGGGCAAAGCUUAUCACAUCUCCAAACACUACAGCGUCUCCUCGCAGGGAGCGACGGCCGCAGAAGCCGCCCCUCCAGCCGAACCAGAACCUUACGCAGACCCUGAGAUCUCCCUCUGAGGCCUCACAGCCCACUUUCCCCUCACCGUAUCCAGUCAUGGUGCCAGGCUACCCCAUGCCGGUCUACCCCAGAGUCGAUUCUUCAUUUCCACGCACAGAAGCCCCCCCACAAGACUUGGGGGACAACCAGGGUGCCCAAUUACCUUCUGCUCCCUUAACCUCUCCUCUGGUCACACCCAUUGUGGCUUUGGUGCUGCCCAACUACUUAUACCCUUUUAUUGGGCAUCCAGCACCACCAUUACCAGUGUAUCAGGUAGACGCUGGGGGGGUCCCAAUGCAGGCGCAGCCUUUCGAUCAGGCUGCCUUUCCAGGCCAAGGCGCCUUCACACCCCUACCUGUCAUUGGUGGUCAGAACCAACUCAACCCAUCGUUGCCAUCAUACAUGUCUCCAUCAUUCUACUUCCCUUCUUCCUCCGACACCCCGAAGCCCAUGGCGGACGGCCGCUCGCGCUCCUCCACACCGCUGUCUGGUGAAAUCGAGGGCCAGGCGUCCCCGCCCCUGUUCCAGUCCCGCUGCAGCUCCCCCCUCAAUCUGCUGGAGCUGGAGUUCUCCGUGGACAGGCAGGACAGCACGGCUCACGCCUCGGGAGGGCAGAGCAGUAAUAUGGCUGAGAGGGAGAAAGGAGCAAGCGCCUGCAAGGCAAAGGAGAGAGAACUCAAAGAGAGGAGCGAUGAGGGUAACCACAGUGAUGUCAUCUCGACAUCCAGCGACAUGUUGGAUAUCAUCCUCCAAGAGGACUCCUGUUCGGGAACCGGCUCAGCCACCUCCGGCUCCAUGGGCUCCGGUUCCAACGGCUUCGGAACUUCAGGAAGCGGGAUGUCCAAGAGCAGGACGUCUGCCAGCGGGGCCUCAGCCAGUGGGACGUCAGGCAGUUUUUCAGGAAGCAACAACAGCAGUAAAUACUUUGGCAGCGUGGACUCGUCUCAGACCAGCCAGAAGCCCAAAGGCCUCCUGAGAAGCAGCGAGGAAAGACCCGCUGAGACAGAGCUCCUCAAGUGUGUCCUGCAGGACCCGGUCUGGCUGCUGCGGGCCAACACAGACGACAAAGUCAUGAUGACCUACGAGCUGCCCUCGCGGGACAUUGAGAGAGUGCUUGAAGAGGACAGUGAGAAGAUGAGGCUGCUGCAGCAGUGCCAGCCCCACUUCUCCGAUGAGCAGAGGAAGGAGCUGAGCGAGGUCCACCCCUGGAUACAGAAGGGAGGGAUACCCAAAGCCAUAGACGUUGAGGGAUGCACGUGUUGUGACAACACUUCGGAGCAAGCAGCAACGGUCGGGACAGAGGAUCAGCCAGACCUGGGACUGGGCGAUACAGAGACAGGAGACGACUGCUGUCCAGAGAGGCGCAAAGGCGAAUCUCUAACCUCUGCCACCAUCUCCAGUCCCUCUGGUCCUCCUUCAAGCUGCGGCCCGCUGGCAGAAAAAGAAAAUCAACGAGACUUUUAAGGAAACCGCCGCUCUGCUGUAAAGAGGAAGCCGCCUUGGAUGAGCUCUUUAUGCUGUGUAUUGCAGUAAAAUACGUACAUUUGUAAAAUGUGAAUAUCUGUGGCGAACAUCAAUUACUUUUUUUUUUAUUUUUAGCUGCAUUAGGCCGGGUCGCUUUGUUGCUUUUGGGAUAAAGGCUGGGCUCUGUGAGUUUGUGUGUCUUGAUAACUGGCCUUUAAUAGCAGGUAACAGUCUGGCACCUUGCAUAAUUUUCACGCACUGAUUUAUAGGAGAUGCGACACGCAAAAAAAAAGGGAAAGUCAAAGCGUGACGGCGGAUGAAAAGCAAGCAUCGACGUGUGGCGGAGGCCCGAGUACGAGGCAGUUCGUCAACUCAGUGUUUCGUGAUGUUUUCUCAGUUACCGUACAUCAGCAUGGGACGAAAACAGGCGGAGGGACUUUUUAAGGGCAGAUUACUUUAGUACUGCUGUCAUUCCUGCACAGAAGGCACCAAAUAAGCACACGUGCACUUUUUUUUUUGGAAUCUAAGGAAAAAGUAUUGGUACUCCUAAGUGGCUACAGUUGCUCAGUCAUUUCUGGGACUGGGGGAAGUUGAAACUUAAUCCCAUACUGUUUUAAGCUAUCCACCCUUUCAACCCUCACUUCCCCCCCCACAUAAACAUGCUCUGCACUUUUGCACUCACUGGAGUAUCAAACCUUGCAUAAUGGCAAGCUAGUCAGAAUACAGUUGAACUCUUUCAUUAUUUAGGAAGCUCCACCACCAGAUGUAAAACCAGUUUGUUUUUAUUAUUUAUCGUUCAUCCAAUACUCCGCAUGUCAUGACAGCUGGAAGCAAGCUGGGCCACAGUAGUCAGUUGAAUGUAGUGGAGGAAAAUGUGAAAUAUUUCCCUCUGAAAUGCCAAAAAAACAGAAACCAUAUCCCACAUAACGAAAGCGCGUGCAAUAUGUCAACAUAAGACAACUCAGCAUGUGCCGAAAGCCGCAUUUACUCACCUGGAGAUUGGGCUGUAGUGUUAAAAAAACAUUUAAGUUAGUUUUUCUUUGGAGCCAUGUGUUACCAAAUUUAGCUUGAUGUGGGCAUAUUUUAGUUAUUUGUGUCUCAUAAAAUGCAUCAAUUCUUUUGGAUGUGAAAUUUUUAUUUCUUUGCUGCCUGUCAUUGAACGAGGUAAUCUUUGUAACAGUCUUUGAGUACAUAUAUGUAUAUAUUUUACAUAUUUGGGUUUUUUAAAAGCAUAUAAUGCAUUUCUUAGAAAAACGAAAAUUAAAAAAAAAAAAAAAAAACAGGACCAAGAAGAGUAAUGCUGUCUGCUGAUAUGAUUUUGAAAUAUUGUGUAAUCUAAACAUUUUCCCUCCAUAAACAAGAAGAAAUGUUGAUGUGGUUGUUUACCAUGAAUACUGUUGGUAAAGUAGGAGAUGACGCCAGCUCAUUACCGUACUAUCCAAAACCCCAAAAGGUUAAUUUUCAGGGUGACAGUAAAAGUAUAAAGAAGCGUUUAGAAACGUGAGGUGCCUUUGGUUUUUGAUGCUGUCACUUUGCAUAAAUCUCUGCUAUUUAUCUGGAACUUUUCCUUAAUGUCUGCCUGCUGUCCCUGCAGACAUUUAAAGCACCUUUCUGUUGUAUUGUGUCCUUACUUGUUCUUGGUUUAGUGAAAAUAAAUAUUUUGCUGAAAUAAAAAGGUUUAAUUUUUCAAAGAAAAA